UGCUGCAGCUGUGGUCCGGGUGGUUUUCACUGUGACAUGAUUAAAUGUGGAGAUAACGAAGGGACUCGAACUGUGACAUGGACCCGGCUCACCGAGCCGUUCUCCGGAGGAACACACGCUUUCUGUCAGCGGAGCUGCAGGUCAGCGACUCCAUCGUUCCGCUUCUGUUCCAGGACGAGAUUCUGACGGAAGCUCAGGUGGAACACAUCGAGUCCCAGGCCACGAGCCGCCGGAAGACGCUGCGGCUCCUGGAGCUGCUGCCCCGCAGGGGGCCCCGGGCCUUCCGCUGCUUCCUGCGGGCCCUGGACGACUUCAGCUGGGUCCGAGAGCGGCUGCUGCUGGACCUCCACACCCCGGGACCCGGGGCUGAACAAGGAGCUGGACCAGGACCAGGAGCUGGACCAGGAGCUGGACCAGGACCAGGAGCAGGUGCUGGACCAGGACCAGGACCAGGAGCUGGACCAGGAGCUGGACCAGGAGCUGGACCAGGAGCUAGACCAGGAGCUGGACCAGGAGCUGGACCAGGAGCUGGACCAGGACCAGGAGCUGGACCAGGACCAGGAGCAGGUGCUGGACCAGGACCAGGACCAGGAGCUGGACCAGGACCAGGACCAGGAGCUGGACCAGGAGCUGGACCAAGACCAGGAGCAGGUGCUGGAUCAGGACCAGGACCAGGAGCUGGACCAGGAGCUGGACCAGGAGCUGGACCAGGACCAGGAGCUGGACCAGAAGCUGGACCAGGAGCCGGAUCCACAGACGACCGGCCGCUUCCUGAGUCGGUUCUCCAGAGGGUUCCUUCAGAUCGGGAGUUGUCCCGGCUGGCGUCUCGACUCGGAGCCGAGUGGGAGUUGGUGCUGAUGGAUCUGGGUUUGUCGGCGGAGGCUUUGUUUCGCUGUCGGUCCGAUCAUGGGCUCAGCGCUCACGGAGCAGCGCUCGCCGGCCUGGUUCAGUGGAGACGAUCUGAGGGGAAGAGAGCCAGGGUCCAGAGGCUGCUGGAGUCUCUACAGGCUGCUGACGUCCACCCGUCUGUCCUGCAGGACGCCCUGAUCUGAGGCACCAGCUGACCACAACGCUAGAACCAACGCAACCAUGGACGCUCAGCGGGACAAGAGCGAUUGAAACAGUGAGGACGAGACGUCUGAGUCUGAGACAAGAGAGGACACGUUGCUUGUGUUGAGGUUUCAUGCAGCCUCCUGGUAAAAUGUGUGUAACAUGUCAGAGUGAGUCCAUGAGAGGAACCAGCAGGACAAUGUGUGGAAGCUUCCCAGUGAGCGAGUGGACGUGUUGAUGAGGUUUCUAACACGUGACGUGAAACUAGAAGAACACAAACAUCUCAGGAUGAAGAAGAGGAGCCGGACACGUAGAAGACGAAGACGUCCACUUGGAAACACGAGGAGAUUCCAGAUCUUCUGGUGAUGAGGGCCGACGCCGGUGUGGACGAGAUGUAAACAACAACACUGAUCUGUCCACAGCAGAGUUUAUAUGACAUGUCCCGCCUCCUGCUGCUCUACAGGCUCCUCCCCUCUACCCAGGCCCCGCCCCUCACCUGGAUGUUCCCACAUGUUCCUGUUGUUGUGAACGAGUCGGACCCAACAACCUGCCGCUGCUUCACAAACACCAACUACACAACACGUCCUGAGAAGAUUUCCUGGAGUUCUUCGAUUUUAUAUAAAAAAAUGUGUGGACUGUUCAUUUAAACAACAUAAUUAAAUUGGGAAAGAGUUUUUUUUACUUCAGUGUUUUUUUUAUUAAAAUCAUGUGAUGUCAUCAAACCAAAUAAAAAUCAUAUAAAUUCUA